UUGAACGUAAAUCAAUAUUUAAUGAAUUUGUAGAUGAUGUAUCUCCACCAAACAGAGCCUCGUGAUGGGCAGCCCAAUCUGUUGACAUCCCAAAACGGCCCAUGUUGAAGUACCAUGUAGGCCUCAUAACCAUACCGCACCAAACUCACUCUCAAUCCCCCAACCCAACAAGACACGAACGACCACGACGGAGGGCAGCGAUCUCGGUUUUUACCCAAAGACGAAGCCGACGAUAAGGAGAACAGAGACUCCGGCGAGCCCCAGCCACGGUGAAGCCGCGCGAAUUGCAGGAGCGAAGCAAAGGAGAUGCUUCUCGAGGAGCUGCUCCGGUGCCAAAUCCACGAGUGGUACCCGGCCUUCCGUCGCCACUCCAUCCCCACCGUCAUCAUCCCGCUCCCCGCCGCCUUCCUCCGCUACCUCGCCGGCCAGCGGGCCUACCCCAACGCCGACGCCGACGCUGAAGAUGGCGCUGAUGAGGAGCCACUACCGUUCCUCCUUCCGGCGAUAACUUCCGGCCGCCAGCCCUUCGCGCCCAUCCACGCGCACCACCCCGACCCCGACUCUCUCCUCAACUCCGACUUGUUCUUCGGCUCCAGCAGCGAAGACGUCUUCGACCCCGACGCCGACCACCCGCUCCGGCCGGAAUUCCCGGAGCUGGAGGUGGCCAUCGACGCCGCCAUCGCCGAGCUAGGCGGCGCCGCGCUCCCCAAGCUCAACUGGAGCGCGCCCAAGGAUGCCACCUUCAUGUCUGCCGAUGGCACGAGUCGGUGCACGUGCUUCGCCGAGGUUGCCAUGCUGCUCCGCUCCUCCGACUGUGUAGCCCACGACCUUGCCUCCGCGCGACAAUCAUGCAAGGAUUUCGUGCGCCCGGAGGGUGCUCGACGGAAUGCCCAAAAAGUUAGUGCCGGUUCUGAGGAAGGUGCUCGACCAAAUGCCGAUGGGAUUCGUGGCUGCGAAGGCACCAAUGGAGCACCAAGUAAUUCAAGCAAGACAGGUGCGGAGGGAGGCAAGACAAAUGAUGGGGACUGUGAUGUUGAAGAUGCAACCGAAGAAGAACAUAACGAGAAUACUUGGGUGGACGAUGGGUUCCAAUACUACCUUGCCCUCCGCAAGUGGUACCCAGGCCUACGCCCUGAGUCAGAGUUCCGAUGCUUCGUUCGGGAGCAGAAGCUGGUUGCUGUGUCCCAGAGAGACCCAUCAGCUUACUACCCAUCACUGCCUGGAUGGAGUUCCGAGGUGCAACCGAAAAUUGAGGCUUUCUUCAACGAAGUGAUUGAGCCACAGUUUGCUUCAAACAAUUAUACGUUUGAUGUGUAUGUGAGGACAGAUGGGCGAGUCAAGCUCAUAGAUUUCAAUCCAUGGGGUGGUUAUACCUUGCCGCUGCUGUUUACUUGGGAGGAGCUUGAGGAGAAGGGGAGAGGGUCUGAGCUGGAGUUUCGGGUGGUCAUGCAGCAGGGUGCAGUGAGGCCAGGAUUGAUGACAGCUGUGCCAUAUGAUAUGCUGGAUUGGGGUGAGGGGAGUGGCUGGGAUGUUUUUCUGAAGAAGGCUGACGAGGAGCUUGACAGACAGAUAUGAACUCCCUGGAUGGUGAUUCAUGAUUGUGGUUCGAAAAAAAAGUCUUAAUUAUGCUGUAGGCACACAAUUUAAAGUGAUGACUGCUGUUUUUUUUACCUGCUACUGUGCUACAUACUAGCAGUCACCUCCUUUCUUAAAAUUGCUAUGCAGUCUCUUGCCAUUUA